UAAGAACCGUCUCCUGGCGGGUGCUUUUUGUGUCGAGCAUCCUCGAACAGGAACUGCACAUUCUGUCAAACCCAGAGGUCCCCAAUUGCCCCAGGUCAGAAGGGGUCGCAAAAUAGGGAAAACGACGAGGCGGAAAAUGGCUCCAUCCCCGGAGCUUUCUUCCCUUCUUACAGGAUCCAUUGGCUUGUUUCUCGUAGCCGUGGAUACUGUACCUGCCGUGAAGAGCAUCGCUUCGCGACUUACCCGGAAGCCAGUCCAGCAAGAUGGCGAACUGCAAGUGGGAAAGGCCCUCUACCGGGACAAGGACGGAGAAGCGACCGAGGAAUCCCUUGAUGCAUUUUCGGAUAAGUGGCAGAGAGCCGGAAUCGCCUUUCUGUCUGCGGUCGGGUUCCUCUCGUCUCUAGCUGUUUCUGUCGUUGCUACCUUGCAUGCUGAGCGCGUCGUGGAAUUUUGGCUUCAAUUCGGUGUCUGGAUUUUGCUGGCCGUUCAGGCUGCCUCGCUUUUCGUCGAGCCCUUGUCUACUAAACGAUUUGUGCUGGGUAAUUUUGCCUUUUUGGCUACUGUGCUAGCCAUUUUGAUUCCUUGCAUCGAGUUCUAUAUUGUGUGGGCUGCUGGGAAUCCGACGGCGUUUGAUGGAGCCCCAGUAGCGCUGGUUAUGGUGCAAAUUGCCGCAGCCCUUCUCCUUGGAUUACUAUGUCUCCUGCUUCCACGUCGUCCGGACGUGUCUUGGAAUGGCCAAGUGGUGGAUAGACAGUACACUGUAUCGGCAUGGAGUCGAUUCUCUUUCAGCUGGGUAGAUGGGCUCAUGCAAUACAUCGUCGCACAUAAAGGCAUCGGCAUUGACGAUCUUCCCGAACUGCAUUUUGAUAUGCGCGCCGAAAUUCUACGCUCUCGUUUUGAGAAUGCCAGGGAAUCGGGAUCUGGGAAGCGGAAAGUAUGGAAAACGUUGAUCAUUACCCAUUGGCGGCCGCUUGUCGCUCAGCUUUCCCUUACACUGUUCGCCUGUCUCUUGAGUUUCGGCCCGCAGGCGGCCCUGUAUGGAAUACUGCGAUCACUGGAGGCACGCGGUUCGGAUGGUGGGGCUUCAUUACAAUCCUGGAUUUGGGUUAUAGGACUGGGUGGGCUCAUGCUUAUCUCUUCCAGUAUUGAAGUGUGGUUAUUUUGGAUCAUAUUUUCCCUUAUCUAUGUCCCGAUUUAUGAAGAGCUCUCUGCCGUGACGUUCGCGAAAGCAAUGCGUCGGAAGGACGUGAAGCACACAAAGCCCUCCAAGAAAUCCGAGAAGUUGUUAUCAUCAGAAUCACCUCUUUUAGUGACGAAACCCUCAGGCGAGGAUGAUGAGGAGGAUGAAGAAGACCUCAAGAAAAGCCGCCAGAGUAUCAUCAACCUUGUCGCCGUCGAUGCAAGGAGAAUUGCCGAUUUUGCUACAUUUAGCUAUAUGAUUCCAUCUUCAUUGAUCAAGCUUGUAAUGGCCUGCUUUUUCUUGAAUCAACUUAUUGGCUGGAAGAGUCUGUUAUCGGGACUCGCCGUGUCGGCAUUGGUGACGCCUGCCAAUUGGUAUGUCUCGAAGAAGUAUGCAGAGUCCCAGGACGUGCUUAUGAAGGCCAGAGACCAAAAGAUGGCCAUUGUGACCGAGGUGCUACAGGGUAUUCGGCAAAUCAAGUUCUCAGCUCUCGAGACGCGAUGGCAGCAGAAGAUUGGAGAGAGUCGUAACAAGGAACUUCAUGCGCAAUGGCUGGCGUUUGCUUACGAUGUCUGCCUGAUAUCUAUUUGGAUCCUUGGUCCUCUGAUGCUUUCCGCUGUUUCAUUAGCAGUAUAUGCUUUGAUCAAUGGUGAGCUGACCGCUUCAGUGGCAUUUACUGCCAUGUCAAUAUUUGGUUCUCUGGAAUUGUCGCUUGCCAUUCUGCCAGAGAUGAUUUCCAAUGGCCUAGAGACGAAAGUUAGCAUCGACCGUAUUGAAAGGUUCCUUGGUACCGCCGAGAAAACCGCCACAACUAUCCCGUCUGAUACUAUCUCUUUUGAGAAUGCCUCGGUUUCAUGGCCCGCAGAAGAGGCGAACGAGGGUGAAGAGACCAACGACGAGGAACGCUUCGUGUUGAGUAACCUCAACAUUUCCUUUCCAUCCAAGGGCCUGAGUGUGAUAUCUGGCCGAACCGGCUCUGGAAAAAGUCUUCUUCUAUCCUCUAUCUUAGGUGAGUCCGACAUACUCUGUGGAACUGUCAAGGUGCCCGUUCCACCUCCUGUAGAGGCUCGAUAUGAUCACCUGGCAACCAGAGAGAACUGGAUCAUCGACUCCGCAAUUGCAUACGUUGCUCAGAUCCCUUGGAUUGAGAACGCGAGUAUCAGGGACAAUAUUCUCUUCGGCUUGCCGUACGAUUCUGUGCGGUAUCGCAAAGUGCUCUUUGCUUGUGCAUUGGAGAAGGACCUCGAUAUGCCUACAGACGGCGAGCAGACUGACAUUGGUGCCAAUGGAGUCAACCUCAGCGGUGGGCAAAAAUGGCGUGUGUCCUUUGCGAGAGCGCUGUACUCGCGGGCUGGGAUUAUACUUAUGGACGACAUUUUCAGUGCCUUGGAUGCACACACAGGGCGGCACGUUUAUGAGCAUGCCUUGACCGGGGAGCUGGGCCAGAAUCGAACCAGAAUUCUUGUUACGCAUCACGUUGCGCUGUGUCUCCCACGCACAGAUUAUUCGAUUCUCCUUGCAGAUGGAUCAGUGAAACAUGCUGGGACUGUUGAGGAGCUACGGAAGACACACAGUCUGGAAGACAUCCUGUCAGAAGAGCAAGCCGCCGAAAGAGCCGAUCAUGCCAUUGACGAAAACGAAGAGGAGACAUCAGCGCAGGAUACCGCUCCUCAGGGCAGACAAACUUCUCCGGAUGUCAGCCAUAACGAAAACGGUAAUGAACCUAACGGGACCACGGCUAAAGGCGGCUCAAGUCCGAAGAAGUUUAUCCAGGAUGAGAAAAGGGAAAUAGGAUCCAUCAAGCUCUCAGUCUACAAGUCCUACCUUAAAAAGGGUGGUAGCAUACCCUACUGGCAAUUGGUUGUGGUUGCAUAUGUUAGCUAUGUCUGCCUUCUCGUUGGGCGGUCAUGGUGGGUCAAUCUCUGGACCAGUUCGUCUCAUACGCAAUCCCAUCCAGGAAAACAGCUUACCCUGAUGACCCAUGUGGUGGAUCGUUUUGCUACGGUCACGUCUAAUAACGAUGGUCUCUUCCUUUAUCUUGGGAUAUAUGUCUGUUUAUCUAUAGUUGCCUGCUUGGUCGGUACCGUCCGGUACUAUUUGGUCCUAUCUGCGGCCAUUCGAGCGUCGAGAAACCUUUUCGCAAAUUUGACCUAUGCCGUUCUCCGGGCACCACUUCGUUGGCUCGAUACUGUGCCUCUCGGACGCAUUUUGAACCGCUUCACCGCAGAUUUCCAUGCGAUUGACUCGAGGCUUGGCUAUGACCUUGGUUUCGUUGCUUACAAAGUCCUUGAAGUGCUUGGGAUCAUGGCGGCAGGAGUCCUUGUUUCUCCGCUAGUAAUAUUUUGCGGCCUGGUCCUCCUCGCUUUUUGUUUAAAGCUCUCGCUCACGUAUCUGGCUGGUGCGCGAGAGGUCAAGAGGCUAGAAAGCAACGCCAAGAGCCCCGUGUUCGAGACGUUCGGAUCCAGCCUGGUCGGAUUGGUCACAAUUCGUGGGUUCAGCAAGACCGAAACCUAUAUCAGAAUCAUGUAUUCCAAGAUCAAUCGCCACGGCCGGACAUGGUGGCACUUGUGGCUGUUUAAUAGGUGGCUUGGUUUCCGUAUGAAUAUAGUCGGUGCUGUUUUCUCAACGGUCACGGCUGCUCUCGUUGUUUACAUUCCAGGGAUCACUGCUUCGCUUGCAGGCUUUGCUCUUAGCUUUGCCCUACAGUAUAACUCUGCCAUUUCCAUUGCACUCCGCCAGUACUCGAAUCUCGAAUUGAAUAUGAACGCGACAGAACGCGUAAUCGAAUAUUCAAACAUCGAGAUCGAGAACCAAGGGGGACUUGAUGCUCCUGCAGCCUGGCCUACGGAGGGUCGAGUAGAGGUUCAAGACUUAGUUGUCGGCUAUGCACCAGACCUUCCACCCGUGCUGAACGGGCUGACAUUCACCGUCGAAAAGAACCAGCGUGUUGGAGUCGUGGGACGCACUGGAGCUGGGAAAUCAUCCUUGACUCUGGCAUUGUUCCGAUUCCUAGAGGCGAGGAAGGGGUCUAUUUCUAUUGACGGGAUUGAUAUAGCAAAGAUCAAACUCCACGACCUGCGAAGCCGUCUUGCUAUCAUACCGCAAGACCCUGUGUUGUUCUCUGGUACUGUCCGGUCAAAUCUGGAUCCGUUUGACGAAUAUACAGAUAAGGAGCUUUACGAUGCUCUGGAAAGAGUUCAUCUGAUCGCUUCUUCAGGGGAAGAACGUGAUCAUGAGUCUUCCACAUCGGCUGUCUCCGAGGAACACACGACAAAUGGAAAAAAGAACAUGAACACAAACAUCUUCGCGUCUUUGUCCUCAAUCAUCUCCGAGGGCGGCCUAAACCUGUCGCAAGGCCAACGCCAGCUGCUCUGCCUGGCCCGUGCCAUCGUUUCUCGUCCGAAAGUGAUGGUGCUCGACGAGGCCACCUCGGCGGUAGAUAUGGAGACCGAUGCCCUGAUCCAGCAAUCCAUCCGGGCCGAGUUUGGGCGUAAUGCCACCACGCUGCUUGUUAUCGCGCAUCGGUUGAGCACGAUUGCGGACUUUGAUCGGAUUCUUGUCAUGGAUGCGGGCAGAGCGGCCGAGUAUGGAAGCCCGAAGGACCUGAUGGGGAUUGAAGGUGGAAUUUUCCGGGGGUUGGUGGAGAAUUCAGGGGAGAAGAGUGUUUUGGAGGAAAUAAUCUUUGGGAAUAAGACAGCAUGAUCCAGUGGAGGGGUUGGGUUGUUGGGUUGGUUGGUGACAGCAAAGAAUUUUGUCUUCUACGCAGAAAACAGAAUGGGAACAUAUGGUAUACAGAAUGAACCCUAGCUAUGUUCCUUUCAGAAAAAGAUUUUGAAAAACUCAAAUAUAAAAUCGAUGGCAACCAGAAAGAGAAUUGUCUAUUUUGCACAAAAAAGGAAUAUAAUUGUAUAUAAAGAGAUAGAUAUAUUGAGGAUAACCUAAAAAUGCAAGACCCACGAACAAAACAAAUAUAUCAGGCGAGACAUAUCACAGAAACACUUUCACAUAAAAGCACCUCUCCAGCCUCCACCUGAUAGACUAGUGUAAAAAGGGAAAAGAGACACCACCAAGCCUUGUCUAGUGUAUCAGAGAUGCCUUCAUCGCGUCCGUCGAAGUAACAAGGAUGUAUGUGCCGAACGCCUAUAUCAUUCUCCCACCAAACCACGAGUUCCACAGGCCCUUGAGCUUACUUUCCUAGAAGGAAAAGAAAGAGAGCCUGUGGACCUCAGAGGGGGGGAUUUGACUAAGGUCUCAUAUGGAACACGCUAGGCUUUCAUCAUCUGGAAAAUUUGUUAGUUGAUUCGGUUUAUGGAUUGCAGAUUUUGCUCCCUUGCUGAAAGACAGGGUUGCACGGUA